AUAAAAUAAAAAAAUGGAGAAAACUGUCAAAAAUUUUACAACAAACGUGCGGUAAUGGGAAAGCGUCUUGGUUCAGGACAUUUUUAGUAGUAUUAUUUACCCACAAGCAGCAUUAUUAUUUAUUACUAUCAGAAAAGGAAAGGAGUUUUGCUUAUUUAACGCAAAAAGAUGGGCUCUUCAAAAAAGCACAAGAAACACAAAUCUGAGCGACGAGAGAAAUAUGAAGAAUAUAGCAAUAAUAUGGAUCCUACACAACUGCAACGUGGUCUGAAACUAAUUUUAAAAGUUGGCUCGAACUCCACCCCAGAAUACAGUGGUGACUCUCCGCUUGCCGGUCCACCUACCGCUGCAGAGGCAAUGAUGUCUGCCGCACCAAGUAGCCCGAUGGCUGAGGAUGAGCAUCCUGAAGACUAUCACGGGGAAAAGCAUAAAAAAUCCAAGAAGAAGAAAAAAAAGAAGGAUCGGGAAAAGAAGCACAAACAUCAUAAAGAAAAGCGGCACCGUGGCGAGCGUCAUGAGCAAGCAAGCGGUGGCGAAGGGCAUGAUGCAUCUGCCGAGGUGCCAAAUGAAGACAGUAAGCUAGAAGAAAUCGCACCAGCUACGGUCACGACAGUGCCUUUUGUACAUCGCAGUCCGAAAAAUAUAGCACAACCGACACUGGAUGGUGACUCAAGUCAAGAUGGUUUCAGCUUUAUGGAAGAUGGAGAUUCGCAACCAUUGCCAGAAAAUAUACUUCUAUAUGCUGGUAUUACAACGGAUAACUCACCCUCUUGCCGACCAGUGUCAAAGCCCAUUGUGCCAAGAAAAGUUGAUGAUAUGCUCUUGGAUUCACCAGCGUCUUCAUCAAUGCAAUCGUCAUCGCUAGGUGCUGGUGUUAUAGAAGCGGUCAGUCCAACAAAACCCCUACAAGAUCUCCUUAUUCCAUCGCCCUCAGCUUCAACUGCAGCUUCGACGCCGGGUGGAGCUAGUUCUUUGGCAGGGUUAACACCUAAAGCAUUGGAAGCACCCAAAACACCAAGUUCAUCAAGCGAAUCAGGCCGAGAGCCUCGAACUUGUGUACUAAAACUCAAACAGCAAAAGUCACCAUUGAACAAGUUAUUAGACCAUUUAUUGCGUUUUCUGGAAAAAAGAGAUCCGCAUCAAUUCUUCGCUUGGCCUGUCACCGAUGAUAUUGCUCCUGGUUAUUCAUCAAUAAUUACUAAACCAAUGGAUUUCUCAACGAUACGUCAGAAAAUAGAUGAUAGUGAGUACGGCACUUUGACCGAAUUUACUGACGAUUUUAAGUUAAUGUGCGAGAAUGCUAUCCGCUAUAAUCAUGUCGAUACGGUUUAUCAUAAAGCCGCAAAAAGGCUACUUCAAGUGGGCACCAAACACCUCUUGCCUGAAAAUCUAAUGCGUAGCCUGAAACCACUAUCGGGUUACAUGCGAGAUCUCACGGCGAAAGAGCUAGGCUUCGAUAUACACGGCGAUUUCGGUAAUUACGACCAUCACGCUACCAUCGAUUCGGCAGAUGAGGGUGCUUCAACAGGUGCCGAAGAACCAACUCCUGCCCAGUUGGAAGAGGAAGAGAAACGGCGUGCAAUUCGACUGGAAAAUGAGCCGAAAACCCGUUUUGAACCGUAUGUGGACGAUCUCACCUCCGAAGAGAUACUAGCGCAAGUUCAAGGAGCGGCCCGGGCUGCAAAAAAGCGGCUUUCUGCAAAAGAGAAAGCGCAUAGAAUGGGAUUUUUACGACAAAACCGAGAUGGCACCACUUCCCUAAAUGUGUUAAUUAAAGAUGAGAACGAAGGCCCAGAAAAGGUAGUUAGCCUUGGUGAACUAGUAGGCAAAAUGCAGUCUGGUUCAGGGCAACUUCUUUCUUCACGAGAAGACAAGCGGAAUGAAGUAAAAAUGGUGAAACCACUUAAUUAUGGCGCCUUUGCAUCUUUCGCGCCAAGUUUUGACUCUCGUUUUUCAAAUUUAAGCCGAGAAGAAACACAGUUGGUAAUGCGUACCUAUGGUGAUGCUACAAGCACAGAAUAUGCAGAGAGCAUUUUACAAUUCACCAACGACUCCAAUUAUGCAUCGAUGCUAGCCAAUGGUUUAUUGGACAUGCUAACUACUGGCGAGCAUAGCAAAACAAUGUCCGAUCUUUACGAUAUGCAAGUACAAAACCAUGAACAAAAUGAAGUAUUCAAGUGUUUUAGCGCAUGCGGUGGCUUUGGUGGACUUCAAACUGUAAAUACAACUUCAGAAUCUCGGGAGCAAAUCGAAGAAGAAUAUGAAAAGUACAAAAAUACUCGCAUUGAUUUCAAUCGCUUACGUACAUUGAAAGAUCUUGGUAUCGAUAUAGACUUUCUUGAUAAUAUCGAGGCAGAAAUGAAAAAUUUCGAAUUGACUCGGCGUCUUCAGGAGCAUUUAAGCAAUAAUCUAAAUUUGAUAGAGAAACUGCGCGCCACGCAACAUGAACGACUCUCUCAGCCACUGCCGCAACACCUGGCCUAUGUACCGCAAGCUAGUGCCGAAGAAGUGCAUCUAGCACACCAAAUUACUCAACAACUCAGUGAUGUUGCAAAGAAAUUACCACCAUCGGCUGUUGUUGAUCCGUAUAGCCUACGUAAAGCAAUGGGCAUGUCAAAUGUGGGCCUACCUCCUUUGGCUCCGCCAGCCAACCAUCGUGUACCCGUGCCAGAAGUGCUUCAACAACCAGUGUCAAUACCCCAAAUACAAUUACCAUCGCAAAGCACAGCUAGCAUCGCGGAUAAGAAUGCUGUGAAUGUUCCUGCCGCUACUAUACCCAUGGAAAUAGAUGAUGAGGAGUUGCGCGAAAUUCUUGAGAGCGGCAGCAGUGGUAUACACGCAUCCACAAGCGCAGACGAGAAUCCUUGGUUAUAGAGUUAUAUACAAAAAACAUAUGAAAAUUAUUUAUAGUUAUAUUUCAGUUCUUAUGCAGUCUCAACGCAUUUAUUGUAAACAAUUUUUGGAAUUAAUUCUGCUUACACAAAAUAAAGGCGAAGCGCUUUCCGUAUAAUUUUAAUUCAAACA